AUGUGGACAUGCCCUAAACUUCCUGGGUACUUCAAAGCUUCUGGCCUUCUCUGCUACACUUCUAUGCCCUCUGUGUUCUCUUCCAAGACCUGGAACAUGCUCAGAUCUGGAAAUACUGGUCUUAGCUCUGAACUUGGUCAUUUUUGGCCAUAUCAACAGACUACCUGUUCUCUGGCUAUUCUGAGCCCAGAAGAAAACACAUCAUUGGCUUUCUGCCAGUUAAAUCCUAUGAAUUUCUAUGCCCCCUCUUCCUUAAACUAUGAUCUUUUGCACUGGGAUCAAGGAAGUUUUGGCAACUACCUUGAUUCCAGUGAGUGCCAUGAGAAAGAACUGGACAGUCAGACUGUUGGAGCCUUCAUUGUGACAGUCACAAUUCAGGGUCCAGGCAUAAGAAAUAUAUUUGGUGUCCAUCUCAGUGAAGAAAUAUAUUUUGGGUCCUGUAGUAUUCAUGGAGUUUGCAAGACUAAUAGUCAGUUAAAGUCGUUUGGAAGAACUGGUAAAGUCAGCGCAGCCAUAGCGACCAUUAUAGCCAUAGCUGCUGGAGACGAUAAGCAGGCCGGACACGAGACAACAUCGGGGGAAGCUUACUCAGCAGAAAGCGCUAGCUCGAAAACGGAGGAAGAAUUGCGAAGGAAUUCGACAGAGGAGCCAGAGGAACCAGAGCAGUAUGGUCCGAAAACGGCGGAAAUGGCCGACUCCACUACGUACUCGUCCUCCAAAAUGAAGGAAUAUCUUGAUCACUUUUAUCAUAAAAACAAGGUAACUGCCUAUGGCUCCCUGUGUAUCCAUCCACACUCUUUAUGA